AGGCCGCUUGUAUUAGAAAGGGAAGGAGAGAGGGAGAGCUAGAGAGCGCGCGGGCGCGAAAGCGGGAGAGAGAAGGAAUGGCGCAGAAGAAGGGCCUGGGCGAGGAGGAGGUGCCCGUUCCGUUGCAGGCCGUCCUUCUCGCCGACAGCUUCACCCAGAAGUUCCGUCCCAUCACCCUCGAGCGACCCAAGGUUCUUCUGCCGCUAGCGAAUGUCCCGAUGAUCGAGUAUGCUCUCGCAUGGCUCGAAUCAGUCGGCGUCGCGGAAGUGUUCGUCUUCUGCUGCUCUCACGCGAAUCAGGUGAAGGAUUAUCUACAAAAGUCUCAGUGGCUAGGACAGUCGAGAAUCAAAGUCGACACGAUCGAGUCUCAUGAUUCCAUUAGCGCCGGCGAUGCUUUGCGCUUGAUAUACGAAAAGAAUGUGAUUCGUGGAGACUUUGUUCUUAUAAGUGGAGACACAGUAAGCAACAUGUCUCUAGCCGAUGCACUUCAAGAGCAUAAGCAGCGAAGGAAGAAAGAUCCACUUGCUGUCAUGACCAUGGUUAUCAAACAAUCAAAACCUUCUUCAAUAUCUUGUCGAACACGACUUGGGAAUGAUGAGCUGUUCAUAGGAAUUGAUCCAGAGAGCAAUGAACUUCUGUACUAUGAGGAUAGAGCAGACUAUUCGAAAGGAUUGGUUUCACUUGAUAAGACAUUAUUAUCUGAAAGGCCAGCUGUGCUUUUGCAGAAUGAUAAGCAGGACUGUUAUAUUGACAUUUGCUCUCCCGAAGUUCUCUCCCUUUUCACUGACAAUUUUGACUAUCAACAGCUUCGCCGUGACUUUGUGAAGGGGCUUCUUAUGGACGAUAUAAUGGGCUAUAAAAUUUUCACGUAUGAGAUUGGCUCUAGCUAUGCAGCUAGAAUAGAAAAUUUCAGAAGCUAUGACACUGUUAGUAAAGAUAUCCUUCAGAGAUGGAUGUAUCCUUUUGUUCCAGAUGUUCAGUUUUCUGGAAACUGCCCAGCAGUUAAAAUGGAUAGAGAGGGAAUAUACAGAGCAAAUGAUGUUGCUCAAUCACGCUUUGCAAGGGUUGGUCCAUAUACAUUGGUAGGAGCUGGCACCUCUAUUGGUGACUAUUCUUGUGUUAUCAAUUCAACUAUUGGUGAUAACUGCACAAUUGGACGCAAUGUAUCAAUUGAAGGUUGUUACAUCUGGAAUAAUGUAACAAUCCAAGACAAUUGUAAGCUAAAGCAUGCUAUAGUAUGUGAUGGAGCAAUUUUAAAGGCAGGAGCAGUGCUUCAACCAGGUGUUAUAUUAACAUUUAAGGUUAUGCUUGGGGAAGAUAUUGAAGUUCCAGCUUACUCAAAGAUAUCCUUGUUGCAUCAACCAAACACUCAAGAUAGUGAUGAGGAACUUGAAUAUGCAGACAGCAGUCACGGGAUUGUAGAAAAUCCAUCAUUGAGCGGUGUAGAUGAAAAUGGUGAGCUGGUUCAUGAGCCAUCUGAGGACCAGCACUGGGACACUUCUAAGGUUGGUGUUUCUGGGGCUGGUGUCCUUUGGUCCAUUGGUGAGAAUCUGCAGGAAGAUGAAUGGAAACAUUCUAUUGCACCCAUUCCUGCUGAAAAAUUGGGUGGCAUAAUUGCUGCACUAGCUGAUGCUGAAGCUUCCCAAGAUCUGGGUACUCUGCAAACUUCUGAGGGUGUGAAAGCUAAUAUUGAAAGGGAUGUUGAUGAAGAUGGUAACAGUGUUGUUGAUGAUGAUGUUGAUCUUAAGACAGUCCAGUUUGAUAAAGAGGUAGAAGAAACAUUUGCCCGGGCUGUUGUAGAAGGUGUUGAACAGGACCAUGUGAUUUUGGAAAUAAAUGCACUUAGGCUUGCAUACAAUAUGACAUUUUCAGACUGUGCCGGGGCAAUCUUUGAUUCUCUGAUAAAGCUGGCUCUAGAACCACCACGUAGUAGUAAUAGGGAAUUACUUAUUAAUACCAAAAAUGUUAUCGUGAAGUGGAAGGGUCUUCUAAGUCAUUACGUUCAGUCAGAGGAUGAUGAGGUGGAAAUACUGCUAAAAUUGGAAGAGAUAUGUUUGGAAUCUGCGAAGGAAUUUGCUUCAAUUUUUUCAUCGAUUCUGCAAAUCCUUUAUGAUCAAGAUAUUGUGACGGAAGACGCAAUCAUGUCUUGGGCUUCAGAGAAGGAAGGAGCUGAAGAAUCUGAUAAGGUCUUUGUGAAUCAGUGUGAAGCAUUCAUCCAGUGGUUAAGAGAAGCUUCCGAAGAAGAAUAGCAAAGAUAUCUCUUAGUUUGCAGCUUACAGUGGGCAGAAGCGGUAGAACAGCAUUAUCUAAAGAGAGCAAAUUUGAAUCUGUUCUCUGGUGGAUGCCCAUUUGGAGAUCCCCGUCCUCAUCUAUGGGUCAAGCAGAAAAAUUUGGACGCUUUGACCUAAUUAAUGUUGUAAAGUUUUCAAGUGAAAGAAAUUUUGGUGUCCCUACCUAUUUCAUGUAAAAUUUUCCCGUGUACGUUAUUGAAAGUUAGUUCGUAUAUAUUUAUUGGAAGAGCUCCUCCCUUUGCCUUUGGGACUGACAUAGUGACGUUCCAGCGAGAUGCGGUUACCUGAUAGAGUUUUCCACUGUAACUUGGAAUUCGAUUCAUUAUUGAAGAAAAAGUUUUGCGAUUUA